UAUCAUAGUGACGGUAAAAAUAUGAAACGGUAACGCAUAACCGGAAGGUCUUGCCUUUCGACGGGCCACCCCAUUGCUAUUUAUAUUUUUAUGUUGUUUUUAUAAAUAUAUUUUCAUGUUAAAUUAUAUAUUUUGAUCCGUUAUAAAAACUUUCUUUAUCGUUUGUCAAUUGGUAAAACAAAUUUGUUAAACGAGAUUUUGCUAAAACCCACUGAUGAAUCUCCCGCGUCUGCUCAAUUGAGCCCUAGAAAAACCCCAAUCAAGAUUCACCCCCAAUUCUUCCGAUCACUCUUCUGCAAUCAUCAAUUUCUUCAUUGAUUGAAGCUAACGUCCUACAGAAUUCAAUGAAAACUGGAACGAAAAGGAGCAGGAAAGAGAGCGAAGCCGAACAAGCGUCGAGGAAGAAAAAGAAAGUCGACUGUUUCGCCUCUCUUCACGAUGACCUCCUUAUAGACAUCCUUCAAAAGCUUCCAGCCGAUAUACUCCGCUACAAAACAAGAUUCGUUUGCAAACGGUGGUUCAGUUUGAUCACCAACAGGAUAUUAUUCGACCAUGCGUCUUUGAUUCUCGAGACUUCAUAUGGAAGCCGCACCGUCCGUCUCUUGGAUAUAAGCGAAGAUAAGCACGGGCUAACGUUGAAAGAACAAAAUCUCGAAAUACCAUAUACCGGCCGUAUAAAGUCUUGGUGUAACGAAUUUCUUCUAAUAACCGACCUCUACAAAGAAGGAUCGUUGUUCAUAUACGAUAUGAUACGUAAACAAGGAUCGUUUCUUCCCCCAUGUUCGACUUCUUGCGGAGGACAUUACGGUUGCAAAUGCGGAGUCGGUCUUUCGUACGACAAAUUUAAGGGAGUAUACAAAGUUGUUCACGCGUUUUUGGGCCCGCAAAUCCAAUGUGAACUUCUUAUCUUUAAAGGCGAUAUUGCUUCUUGCAAUUCGUUAAAAUGGAAAAAGAUUAGCGGGCCGUAUUAUACGGGUCAACGGCGGUAUUAUUGGGACGACCCGGUUUCUGUUCAAGGCAGGUACUUUCAUUGGGACGUUCAUUGUUCGAAGUACUUGGUUUCGAUGGAUACAGUUAAAGAGCGAUUUCGUCAAACGUGCUUGCCCGGAUCGGACGUUUUUCCUAUGAACAAACGGUAUUCUUUGGUUGAAAUGGGCGGGUUUCUCUCGCUUCUUCAUAAAGUUUCGGAGGAUAAAAUCAACGUAUGGAUGCUUAAGGAUUAUCAAAGGUCAAAGUGGGAGAUUUUGCAGUCGAUAAACGUUUCAAGCCAUGUGUGGUCGAGCAUUUAUCCGGGUCGGGUUCUUCCUCUUCCGGUUACUUGCGUGAAAGGCAAGAGGUAUAUCGUUUUUCGGAAACCCGGAUCUGAAACCGGUUUAUACAGUUAUGAUUUGGAAAAUAAGAUCAUGAGACGGCUAGAUGUUAAUAUCGCACCUGCGGAACGUUGUGUGGUUCGAACAACGGAAGCUGCAAGUUUUUUUUGAAGUCGGGUCAUGACGCAGCGUAUACCAUAAAGGCGAAACCUAUAAAAGAGAUUGUUUUAGUCAUAGUGUGGACAUGUUGUGUGAUCGUCGGGUCGUAUAAUCAUCAUGUGUGUUUUUUCGUAUUUGUACUUGUAGGAUUGUCGAGUAUCGUGUUGUGAAGGGACGUUAUGCUCCCUCGUUUGAACAUAUAGCGUUAUAGUGAUAUUGAUGGUGAAAUAGGUUGUGAUAUAAACGUAAAAAAAUAUGUUGAUCGCGUUA